GGCUGGUAUACGAAACUCAACUGAACGCCUCGUAUUUGUAUGUCCUUACUCAAGGUUAGAAAUUUCCAAUAAAUGACUGACUGUGUGGGAAUAUCCAUAAAGUAAGUUACUGAUCUCGAUGCAUUAUUGAUCUAGCAAGUUGUCACUUGUUAAGGUGGUGCACCACCUAGAUUACCAUUUAUAUCCUUGCACACCAACGGCUUUCACAUUCUUAAAAAUCAAAAAGAUACUCGCAGCCUUCGUACUGGCUGAAAAAGUGGCGGUAAGUAUUGGGACUAGAUAGCGGCGGUAAGUAUAUCUUCUGUCUGGUGCAUUGAUUAGUUUUCUUUUUCAGCUUAUCAGGAACUACCUGAUCAUCAGGAUGGACCCUCCCUAUGACUUCCAUAGAGUUGUGAGCAAAGACUCAUUAGCCUGGGAAGAGAUUUAUGACAAGUAUGGAAUCGAGCGUCCUCCUUGGCUCACUUUUCCAAACCAGCCAGAAUUGUUUCGAGUCAACGGCACUACAACACUGGGAGAGUUUUGGGAUAUAGACUGCAGUGGGACCUAUCUACCACACACCUUGGAACCAGCGAAGUUUUUUGGUAUCAAGGAGAGCCACGUGCGCAAGACCAUCGACACUCCAGGAACGUUACGAUAUCACCUUGAGCAUACCCAUUGCGACAGGGAGGACUACAAGGGCAGGAUCGACGUGGGUUUUUUGGUAACAUGACAUACCUAUACCAACUAAUAUCAUGCUGUUAAAACGAAAGCAAGUGCUAUGAUUGCUGUUCAUAUUAUCAGCAUAUGCCGUAGUGAGUAGAAAGUGCAGGAAUUGGAUUCAAGUUUAUCCUUGUAUGUUGUUCCUAUUAUGUCAGAUAAGAACUACUAGGUAGCAGCACUCGCUUCUGGACUUAUUGCAUCUGUCUUCUCCUUCAAGAGUUUGCGCCUUGUGUCGCAUUUUUGAAAACUAUUUUUACUGAAUCUAUCAUAUGAACAUCACGCCAGACCUUCGAGCAAGCACGAAGGACGCUGCAAAAAGUGAACAAGGACAUCGCGAAUCUGGAGUUGCGGUGCUAUCCUCAAAAACCGUACGAAGAGAUCCGUGCAGAGUUAUCGGAACUCCCGAAGCGGUACACUCCAGAAUCGUGGCCUGAAGAUAAAGUGCGGGAAUAUCUUUGGGAGGUGCUUUUAAAUCAAGAAAGAGGUGAUGGGUGCCCGGAUAUGUAAAUCAUCAAGUCUCUAUCAUUAGCCCAAGACUGUGAGUCGUUGAGGAUCCUACAACAGCCUGCGUUUUGUUUCAGUUUUGAAAUAACUACAAAUUUAGCAUUUUAUUUACUUCAUCUAUCUUCCUUAAAGUGUGUAGCCUCUUGCAUUCGACUUCACUAAACCUAUUACUUUCCAGUUGAAGACGCCCACUAGCUGCCGGUCGAAAGAUAUUCGAGCUCUUCUGGGCGAAAAGAAUUGGAAGAAGGUUGGGUUUACUCUGAUGACAAACCUCGACGACGACGCUGAAGAGGUAGCGCUUCUCCCUUGCCAUUCUUGAAGCUUACUUUCAUUGACCACAUCGCGGCCAUUUUUUUCCUCCCGAUUGUAUAUUAGUACUCAUUAUCUCCUUUCUCUUACCAAGCCCAGGCUAUAUUAUCUUUCUAUUGCUGCACAGGUCUUAAACAAGUAUCGCCGAAACAACGACACUAAGGGAGACUCUAUCAUGGAGAAGUGUAGCGCAAUUAUCAACGAAAUGAAUAAAAACGAAGAUACCGGUAUUGUCGAGCGCGCCAAGCCUGACGAAGAGGAAGAGAACACUUUCAGCGUCACCGUUGGCGAUGUACUAACUUAUACAUCUAUAGAGGAGCUUUUCUUGUCUAGAAUCUUGCUUUCAGUGUCUCUGAGUGUUGCGUGACUUACUACCUCGUCUUGUUGGAAGUUUAUCAACUCUCACACUGUUAUGCGUAGAAAGUAUCAAAUUUUUGAAGUGUUGUGACGUCGAUGUUGGUUGAUUGGUUUCUUUGAAUCAUGUUCAACAACGAUACACUCUAACCGGGAAAGGGCAUUUAUAUCAUGAAUGUACUGAGAGGCCAACGCUUCUUCAAUACUAUAGUAGAGCCUGACUAUUACACUGCAACUGUUUAAAAGAUUAUAGCGCUCCAAUUUUUUCAAAAGUUAUGACUUUAAAACUAAAUCUAACAUGUUCUCUUCAAUAAUUUUGGACCCUUCUUAUUGUUAGUCCUUUUAUCUUCAUUAAGGUACUGCGUCGUAUUGCUUCAGUUGAUGAAGAAACAGCCGCAGCACUUGAAGAACCUGCUCUGCUGGGCGAUGGUUAUUUUGGUCCCAAAGUGCAACAGGACAAGGCUUUCCAGUCUAGUCCGGUGCAUUUCGAAGAUAAGGAAUUGGAGGAAAGGGGUAUUCUUUUUGGUCCUCCACUUCUUGAUGGUGGCGAAACAUCCAGUGAAGAACAAAUGAGCAAGGAGAUGGCGACUAGUAAAACGAUGGCGAAGUCUAUGAAAAUGGCAGUAAUGAAGAGAAACAAGAAGAAGAACAUCAACAACAGCUCUCCUCUUGUUGGAAGCAAUCCGGAGGAUGAAAAUAGUUUGUCUCCUCCGAAGAAGAUGGGAAAGAAGCAGCGAGGACCUAAUAAGCCAUCUGAUAAGAAUGCGCCUUCUCCUAGAAAACAAGAAAAGCAAGUCAUCUAUCACGACGACAAAGGCAAUGCCUGCUAUACAUCUUCUCUGAAGGAUAAAUGGUUCCCAUCUACUGCAAGGCCUGCUAUGCCGAUGAAAUCCGCGACGAAAAUGUGGACAGGGAUUCAGAACUUGAUUCAGGAGGAGGAGAAAGAGCAUCUUCUUUCUGGAAGUGGCAGCGUUACAGGUUACAAGCCCUUGAAUUUUAGCAAGAAGUGCAGAUACGUUCUUCGUGAUGCUUGGGAGAUGUUCGGGGCGCAGUACAUGCGGAAAGAGGAGAUCUUGGAGAAGGAGAAACUCUUACAAACUGAGGUUAGCCUACUAGUUGAUCCAGAUCUCCGUCGCCACCAAGUGCGUGAGCACGCGCUUCAGCAGUUCCGGACUAAUCACGAUCUUCGUCGCACUCUGCAGGAAACGCUUGACUUUGAAACAGUUCGCAACAAGUUUCAACUACAUCUAAGAGUACUAGUGUGGGAGUCUGAAGUAAUUGGUGCGUGGAGAAAGUACAAGUCACAGCUGACCUUUGAAGACGUCGUCUCGAACCGAAGGCGUGACGAGGUUGCUGACAUGAUGAAGAAAAAUAGUAGCUUCCUCUUCCAUGACUUCAUGGCGCGGCAUGGCAGCAACAUCGCAGAGGAGGCGGGACUGCAGCCGAAAUUGUCGACACUAGAGGAGGCCGAAGAGAUUGCAGAAGACCUGAUAAAACAACUAGAGCUGUAUGAUCAAGAUGAUGAGGCGGAGAAGAACAGGAAGUACGCAGCGAAGCACUACGGUGUCGAAAGUGAUGACCGAGUUGUAGGCCUAGAUGACACACACCGCCGAAAUGAUGACGAUGAUCUGAUCACUAGUCCUCUACGCCAUGGCGGGUCAGGAUUGCCUGACAAGGACAUCAACAAAGACAAGCACAAAAAACGAAUCAUCAAGUACUGCAAGGAGCAUGGAUGGAAGAGCGGCGCCAUCCCACAGCGCCUCGUUCAGGAGGCUGAGGAGUACUAUGGUGUUGUUGCUUCUGAUAAUACAUCUGGCAGCGAGGGUGUGGGAGGAGGCUUCGACAUGAAGGGGGGUUGGACCUCGGAUGAGGAUAACAUCUGGCUGGGGGAAGGAGAUAGUUCUGAUGAUGAAAGUGAAGACGAUAAUGAAGCUGAUGCUGAAAGUGCAGACGAUGACGCAUAUGAUGGCCGCGCGAUAGUUGCUGCAUUCCGUGAACGCUACAGCGAGAACGAUUUUCGUCAAGCACUUGUUCAAAACCACGCGUCGACGUCGCAUAGUAGUAACAUGCAGGCGCCUAGUUCUUCAUCUUCGUCUUCUUCGUCGUCGUGUCCGAAUGCUUUUAGAACAGGAACAAAGAGCGCAACAGCUUCAAAAAACACACUUCCAAGAACUUCAUCGAAAUCCUCUUCAAGCUCAGCUUCCUCAAGUUCUUCUUCCUCAACCUCGUCGCGUUUUGUUUUGGGUGCCGCAAGUGCUUUCCGUUCUAAUUGAAGAUCGCUGGCAAAACGAACGAGUGUGCUAUACAAGGUAGUAUGCUUCGACAGGUUUACUGAUGCUAGAAAACUUGGUGCUGAAUGAGGUUCCUGAAGCAUUUGCAACUCCUCGCCAACCAGUGAAAAACUCACCAUUUGUUUACCAUUAAAGUUAAAAAAACAGUAUGUUGUAGAGAUGACCACUCAACUUGAUGCAAUAACUGCAGGCGCCGGGAAAGAAAAGUAGCCGUGCGCGUUUGACCGACUAUCUUGAAGAGAACAAGGCUCCGCAAUCUGGGGUCCGGACUGGGUUUCUUUCAUGUUGUUGGUUGUGCAUCUUGAUUGUCCAGGUAAGACUUAUGUUGAUUAUUUCCAUGACUAAUGCAUAGUGCUUAAUUACGAAUAUGAAUUACCUCGCUUUUUGUUCUGAGUUGGGCCAUUGUUAUCGCUAUGAAUGAAAGGCUCCACGUCGCUUGUCAUGUAAAGCUAAGGAUGCUGGCGUGUGCUCCUCAAGUUGAUUGUUGUGUAGGAAGAACAUAGUAGCAUAAAAUGAGUCGCGACGCUUGUGAGUGAAAAGCUAAUGGCUUUGCCUUGGCUACGUCUACAUGUACGGGCGCGAUGGAUAUUUAUACUUGAUUAUGUUUCAGUAUGCGCAUGAAGUCAUGGUGGUUGCGCGGGGCCAGCUCUUCAGAUCAAUGUAUCAAGUCUUAAAUUGUCGACGACUUCCUUAAUUAUGAAAUAAGGUUUAGCGAAACUGUCGCGCGUCUAUUCUAUUUUUUGUAAUGAAAAUGAUUAAUAGAGGUAGGAAAUUGAUUGAUAGAGGUGUAUUAUUGUUUAAGGUAGUAGGAAAGUUUAGAGCUUCUCAUGGAUUCACGCUUUCAGUUCCGGUUGUUACUAGGUCUUUGCUGUAGUCAAGUAUUAAACAAUGCAUCCACAUGGUACGAAAUAAAUUACUCAUGUCUUAGGGAGGGCUCUGCGAUCUUCUCCCGCUACUGUUUUAAAAUUUUGCUUGCGUAUUACUUAAGUUACACAUCGCGAGUAGAAGUAGCUUGGUAAAGCAGAUCUAUUCUUUCAUAGAGAUUCGACAUCAGAAUACGAGGAUAGAGCAACAGUUUUUGAGUUCAAUGAAUGCCAUGCCUUGUAUAUCCUAGGUAGCAGCCAUGAACUUUAUAGGAGUCUACGACAUACGAGCAUGAUCCUGCUUCUUUUCAAAUCAAGCAGGUACUAGUAGACUAGUAAUACUAGGAGAUCCAGUAGCACUAGUAGCACACUGAACAUACUCGGCCUAUUUUUGUACUGAGAUGAAUAGAUAUAUAACAAGCACGAACGAUCAAGGAGCACUAUCUUCGUCCCCAGGACACAUCGUUAGACUUUCUUGAGAAGGACUAUUUUUUUUGAGCCAUGAUAAGAUAUGGGACGAAAGUAAGAGGGGGCCAUACAGUGAGUCACUGACUACAUCUUGAAUUUCACGGCGCUUGGGCCUCUGAUAUUCCUGAACAGAGCCAUUGUCUUUUUUGCAAAAAUGAACUAAGUGCGACAUGGGUUUCUCUGAUAAAACAGGAAUUAAAACCUGCU